AUGGCGCCCGCCGUCGGUGGCCCUCAAGGCUACACGCCACCCGAGGGUGGCUGGGGAUGGAUGGUGGUGGUCGGGGCCUUCAUCUAGUCCAUCAGUGUCAUCUUCAAAGAGAUUGAGGCGAUUUUCGAUGUGGCCAGCAGCCAGGUGUCCUGGAUCUCUUCCAUCAUGUUAGCGCGCAUGUACGGCGGAGGUGAGCCAAUCAGCAGCAUCCUGGUGAAUAAAUAUGGGAGUCGUACUCUUAUGAUAGCGGGAGGAUGCCUGUCUGGAUCGGGCUUCAUUGCUGCCUCUUUCUGCAAUUGUGUUCAAGCACUGUACCUUUGUAUUGGUGUGGUGGGCGGCUUGGGAUUGGCCUUCAACCUGAACCCUGCCCUCACCAUGAUUGGAAAAUACUUCUACAAUAAGUGGCCUAUUGCUAAUGGAAUUGCUAUGGCCGGCAGCCCGGUCUUCCUGUCCACCAUGGCGCCGGUAAAUAUGUUUGACAGAUUUCUCGACGGUGACUAA